UUGCCACUGCCCCAGAGCUCCGCCCCGGGAGCGGUUGGUCCCCUCCCCGGCCAAGCCUGUGAGGUUUCCCGGGCCUGAGAGCCAGCCCCGGUCCACCACGCCUUGGAGGCUUGGACCACGCCUUGGAGGCCUUGGACUUCGGGUUGUGCUUUUCCGUCUCAAAGCCUCAGCCAAUCCUGUGGGAAGCUCUGGAACUGCAUGGUCCCCAUGAAAGCAAGGGGACUGGGUGGCCAAGUUCCCUGUGAUUGAUGACAGGUCUCAGUAAGCAGCACAGCUUUGAGGCAGGCAGGAAUUCUGACUCUCUCAAGAGACCAGCUCAGGCCCUGGGCUCAACUGCCCCUACAAUGUGGAACCCACUCCUCCAGGUCGGGACUGGAGCUUUAAAAUAAAAUGGAUGAUUUGACCUUACUUGAUCUUCUGGAGUGCCCUGUAUGCUUCGAAAAGCUUGAUGUCACAGCCAGAGUCCUCCCUUGCCAGCACACUUUCUGCAAACCAUGUCUUCAGAAGAUUUUCAAGGCCCACAAGGAGCUAAGGUGCCCUGAAUGCAGGACCCUGGUGUUUUGCAGCAUCGAGGCGCUGCCAGCCAACCUGCUGCUGGUGCGUCUCCUGGAGAGCAUGCGCUCUGGACAGAGGUCCUGGAGAGGGGGCUCCUUCCGUAGGCCAGGCAUGCUGACCUCGAAGAACAGCAGGAAGAGCAGGACCAGCCCCAGAAGUCUGCAGGCCAACCCUUUCCGGCUGGUGCCCAAUAUCAGAAUCCACAUGGAUGGGGUGCCUCGAGCAAAGGCCUUAUGCAACUACCGAGGUCAGAAUCCUGGUGACCUGAGGUUUAAUAAGGGAGAUGUCAUCCUGCUCCGGAGACAGCUGGACAAGAACUGGUACCUUGGAGAGAUCAAUGGAGUCAAUGGGAUCUUCCCGGCCAGCUCCGUGGAAGUCAUCAAGCAGCUGCCCCAGCCACCUCCACUCUGCAGGGCCCUCUACAACUUCGACCUACGAAACAAGGACAAGAAUGACAACCAGGAUUGCCUGACCUUCCUCAAGGAUGACAUCAUCACUGUGAUCAGCCGAGUGGAUGAGAACUGGGCAGAAGGCAAGUUAGGAGAUAAAGUGGGCAUCUUCCCUAUCUUAUUUGUAGAGCCAAACCUCACCGCAAGACACCUCCUAGAGAAGAACAAAGGGCAUCAGUCAUUCCGCACAAAAAGUCUGUCCCUGGUGUCCUCAUCCCCCAGAGGCGAGACAACUAACACGCCUACACUCUGCAGGGGUCCAGGGUCCAGGAGGAAGGGACCCGGGCAGUUCUCCAUUACAACAGCCUUGAACACUCUCAACCGGAUGGUCCACUCACCCUCUGGGCACCACAUGGUGGAGAUCAGUACCCCAGUACUCAUCAACUCCAGCAACCCCUCUGUGAUCACCCAGCCCAUGGAGAAGGCCGACUUACCCACCAGCUCUGCUGGACAGGUCAGCAUUUAUCACCCUGCACCUGCCUCUCCAGGACAUUCCAUGGCCAUGGUCAGUCUGCCCAGCUCCCAGCAACACCUGUCAGCUAACAUGUUUGUAGCCCUACACUCCUACUCAGCCCAUGGACCAAAUGAGCUGGACCUGCAGAAGGGAGAAGGCAUCAGGGUCCUGGGGAAGUACCAGGACGGCUGGCUCCGGGGCAUCUCCUUGGUCACUGGGCGAGUCGGCAUCUUCCCCAACAACUAUGUCAUCCCCAUUUUCAGAAAGGCCUCUAGUUUCCCAGAUUCCCAGAGCCCUGGUCUCUACACCACAUGGACAUUGUCCACCUCUUCUGCGUCAUCUCAAGGCAGCGUUUCAGAAGGUGAUCCCCGGCAAAGCCGUCCUUUCAAAUCUGUCUUUGUGCCCACGGCCAUAAUCAACCCUGUGAAGAGCACAGCCGGCUCGGGAGCUUUAGGACAAGGGUCCCUUCGGAAAGGGCGGAACAGCAUGAGAAAGAGUAAGUGGUGGCAGAGAGAUGGGUCUCUGCAGAGACCCGCCCAGUCCGGGAUCCCCACCCUCGUGAUGGGCUCCCUCAGACGCAGCCCCACCAUGACAGCGCGGCCUCAGCAGUUCCAAUUCUACCAGCCACAGGGGGUCUCCUCCUCCUCCUCCUCUGCAGUGGUGGAGAUGGGACCCAAGCCUCCUUCCACCGGGGAGCCUGCCCUCACCUUCGUCAACAGAGGGAGCGAAACCAGGAUCCACUCCGCAGCCAGUUCCCUCCUCAUGGAAAGCAAGGAAGUCCCCACCAAGAGCGAGCCGCCACCCAAACCGCCUGCAUCUGCCCCUCCAUCAAUCCUGGUGAAACCAGAAAACUCAAGGAAUGGCAUCGAGAAGCAAGUAAAAACCGUGAGAUUCCAGAAUUACAGCCCUCCUCCCACCAAACAUCACACCUCCCAUUCCUCCUCUGGAAAGCCUGAACAAUCAGCCACCCUCAAGGGGUCCCAGCCUGAAGCAGCCUCCUUGAGCCCAGAGAUGACCAUCCUGUUUGCCCACCGAAGCGGCUGCCAUUCGGGACAGCAGACAGACCUCCGAAGAAAGUCAGCUUUUGGCAAGGCCACAACCCCAGUGUCCACUGCCUCAGCCAUGAAGACCAUGUCUCCCAGCAAAUGAAUCUACAGGUGGCUUUUCCUAGAACACAAAGAGGUGAAUUGCAUUUAAAUACAGUGUGCUCCACUGAGACCAUCCUGCCAUUCUUUGGGGACUCCUUCUGUUUGUUUUUACCUCUAGGAAAAGGAAAGUGGAAGCAGGAAUUCCUGCCCUGGGUGUAGUGGCCUUCUGAACGUAAGGAAUCUAUUCAGCCAGGCCCACUAUUCAGACCAAGGAUUAGGAGAGCGUCAUGCCCACUUUGUCCUCCAGUAUGUAGUGUGGAUUCUCAUCUUCUAUGUUCCAUGUAGAAUUUCUGUGGUGUCCUAAAAGGGGCUUCAACCAGAAGUAUGCCAGAGGUGGAAUUGUUGGCAUUGCUUCUUUGACCUUAUCACCAUUUUCUCCUCUUACCCCAUUAGAACAGCUUCUGCCAUCUUCGGAGGCCUAUACAGUGGCCACUAAUAGCUCCUCCACAGAAUCAUAAUUCUGGUAUAAGACGGAUACUUUGAACAUUUUAAACUCACUAAAACUUCUGAGUUUGAACCAAACAAAAUGAGAAAGAUGACUAUGAAAUAUCAAGUUAUCAUACUUUAAGUUUCUCAAUCUGUUUCUGCACAUAUAAACCUACCCAAUAAAUAAGCAGGAAGCACAGAGCUGUGAA